CCCCUAAGCUGAGUGGGACCACCCUCUUCUCUCCACUAGCUCCCUCGAGGGAACGCUUAUCUCUCUCUCUCUCUCACACUCUCACUCUGUUCUCUCUGGUUAAAAAGCUUCACCGACGACCUUGCCGCCGUGAUCAGCUAACUUCCGGCGGCGUCUCUUUCUAGAUUUUUUAAUUGGGUGGAGAAUGGCGAAUAUGUGUGCCGACAGUGGCAAUCUAAUGGCGAUUGCUCAGCAAGUUAUGAAGCAGAAGCAGCAACAGGAGCAGCAGCAGCCUCCACAAGAGCCGCCGCCGCAGCAGCUCACUAGCCCUUCCACUUUUACUCUGAACCCAUGGAGUGGCUCGAACCAUGGUCUAUCCAGUCCGGAUUUGGGGUUUGGGCUUGCCGGAGCUGGAUUUUCCGAUCCGUUUCAGGUGCAGAGAGUGGUCGACGGUGGAGAAACGAGCUUUCAGUUUCCGAACUUAGAGCACCAUUCUUCUUCUUUCAGAUAUCCCGAUUUCGACGGCGGCGCUGCUGCAGAUUUCGAUUCCGAUGAGUGGAUGGAGAGUCUAAUGGCUGGUGGAGAUUCAACGGAUAGCUCUAAUCUUCCUUCUGGUUGCGACGCGUGGCAGGCUAAUUCGGAUAUUGCUCUCUACGGUGAUGAUCCCUUUGUCCCCUGUCCCAGUCGCCUCACUAUCCCCUGUUCUUCACCCUCCGAUCUCAACAGAGUCAUUUUCCCGGAACCUCCGAAAAAUCAAGCCGCCAUUCAACCGCCUGUGGUUUCAUGGACCGGGCUUACUCCCAAGACUCCACCGGUGGUGGUUAAGGACACUAACGGCUGUUCGUCGAGUUCUGCAGAGAACGAACCGACAACGCCACUUCUGAAAACCCUAAUUGAAUGUGCUAGACUUUCCGAAUCGGAACCAAAUCGGGCGGCGCAAAUAUUUAUCCAGCUUAAGGAAUCGUCAUCGGAGCAUGGAGAUCCGACGGAGAGAGUCGCUUUUUACUUCCUCGAAGCUCUGUACAGGAGAUUAUCACUUCAAACGGAGAAUCGUUUGGUUUGUUCGGAAUCCACUUCAGAUGAUUUCACCAUAUCUUACAAAGCUCUCAACGACGCCUGCCCGUACUCUAAAUUUGCCCAUUUGACUGCGAAUCAAGCGAUACUCGAAAUGACAGAGAACGCGAGCAAGAUUCACAUAAUCGACUUUGGAAUUUCUCAGGGAGUUCAAUGGGCGGCGCUUCUUCAAGCUCUCGCAACCCGCUCCUCUGGAAAACCAACCGGAAUCCGGAUCUCCGGCAUUCCAGCUCCAAUGCUCGGAAACUGCCCAGCCACAGCGCUGUUCGCGACGGGUAAUCGACUGGCCGAGUUUGCCAAGCUUCUAGAACUGAACUUCGAAUUUGACCGAAUCCUCACCCCAAUCGAAGAGCUGAAAGAAUCCUCGUUCCGAAUCGAGUCGGACGAAACCCUCGCCGUGAAUUUCAUGCUUCAACUGUACAAUCUGCUCGACGAAACUCCUCGCCUCGUUCUGAACGUUUUGCGACUCGCUAAAUCACUGAGCCCUAGAAUCGUAACCCUAGGCGAAUACGAAGCCAGCCUGAAUCGGGUCGGGUUCUUUAACCGGUUCAAGAACGCAGUCCGAUACUACUCAGCCGUGUUCGAAUCACUGGACCCAAAAUUACCUCGCAACUCAAACGAAAGGCUGCAACUGGAAAAGCUCGUACUCGGGCGGCAGAUCGGCGACAUUGUCGGACCAGAGUCGUCGCCGGGAGCCAAAAUCGAACGGAUGGAAGACAAAGAACAGUGGAAAAUGAUGAUGGAAAAUUGCGGGUUUGAAGCGGUAAAUCUCAGCCAUUACGCGAAAAGUCAAGCUCAAAUCCUUUUAUGGAAGUAUGAUUACAGCUGUGAGUAUUCUUUGAUCGAAUCCUCGCCGGGAUUUCUCUCGUUGGCCUGGAAUCAAGUCCCGAUCAUUACAGUUUCUUCCUGGCGUUGAAACGAAACCAGUAAUGGAGAGGCGCAUGGAGAACUCAUUUUGGAUCGGGCCAAGCGUCUCAAUGCUGAUAUGAUCUUCGCUAUGCUGAGCUGUCGGAUCUGCUGGUUAUGUUGAUGCCUGAAAUGCCCAAGUGGAACAGUCUCGGUAACUGAAUUUUUUAGAUUGUCAUUUAAUUAAGCAGGAAAUGCCCCAAGUUUUUAAGGCUUUUGCCCUUCAUUUAUCUCCUUCCAUUUAACAUAUGUUCUUUCUUUUUUGUUUAAACGAUGAAGGAAAUUCAAGAUUUGAUUUCGUCCGAUGUUGUUAGUCAACUUAAUGUUAUGUUUUUCUUUUACACGAGUUUAUACAUUAUAUUGUGGUAGUCUGUAAUUUAAGAGUACCUUGUUACUCUCGUUCAAGGAAAAGAUAAUAUCAUCUAACCAACGUCGUUGUGCUUU